UGUGACUUUUGAGUGUGAAACACGUGACACAACAAGGAAGUACUGUUCCUCACCGCUACCAACACAACCACCGUGGAUAUUGGAUGUUAGCGAGGAGCGAGUUGUUUUACCUGAACUGUCCCGGGUGCGGUGGAUGUGGCUGCUCCUGAGAUGAUAACCUGCGGGCCGCCAGAGUUUCGCAUUUGAGUGACAAUGGCGGAGAAGUGGGUCGAGAGGAUCUCAGCUUUCUCCCACAGCCCGUCUCACUUCCUCUCCGGGACCACCGCGGAGGCUUUUCUGGCGGACCUGCUCCGUGAAGUCCGAGAUGACAGAGCCAGUUACAAUGUCAAGGUCCUCCUGUUGUCCCCGCUGUGCGAGCACCCGACUCUGCUGUGCCCCUCCGACUCUGUGGGUGAGGAGACAGCCCUGGAGCUCAUGUCCGUGUUCGCCCAGUGCCCUCCCAAGCUGCUCCAGUUUCGCUGUCACCUCCUCCUGGCCCUCACCUCCGUGCUCGUCUGCACGUCCUGCGUGAGCGGUCGCUCCCGUGCGUCCCAAGACUUCCUGGACCUGCUCCUCCAGGUGUCCCAGGACGCCGGCGACAUCCACGGCGACGGCGCCCUGCGCUCCCUCCGGGCCACCGCUUGCAGCUGCCUGCAGGAGCUGGAGGCCUGCUGCCCCGGCCUCCUCUCCCAGCGCCUCGAGCUCCUGGGCGGGCUCCGGCAGCAGGAGACCUCCAGGCUCCACCAGGACUUUGCCGGCCUCCACGUUCUGGUGUUGAGAAACGCUGUGUAUCAGCUCACUCAGGAGACCGGAGCAGGCGCUGAGCAUCUUAAAGCUAUCCUGGGAGGAAAUACGUCAGUUGUAUGGGAAGCAGACCAGGACUCAGUUGUUAAGAAUAACAAGGAGUCAGCCAUACUGUCUUCUCUUAUCCUGGGACCAAUGGGCAGAGUGCCGACACUCCAGACGGGACCCGACUGUAAAGAGUUGCGCUCCAUCCUCUCCUCCCUGCUGGAGGAGUCCUACCUUCUCACUCCUCUGUGUCAGGCUGCGCUGUUACAUCGCCUGACCGAGGUGGUUGCCAUGGUGCCUGGUGUUACUCCGGGCAUAUUCAGAACUCAGCUGCUGCGACUGCUGGGGACUGCAGAGAUUUGCCUCCUUCACGUCACUCUGCUGAUGAAGUGCGCGUUCACAGACAGCCUGUUCAGCGCCGAGGACGAGGCUUUCAUCCUGAAGCGGCUGGUGGUCCUCUCCCAGCACCCGCUCCUGAGCGUGCCGGAGAAGCUCUUCUACAUGGACUGCAUCCUGCACUUUCCGGAGAACCGGCCGAUCAGCAGCAGCGUCGACGACGAGACGCUCCCCGUGCUGCUGACCCCGCGGCUCGCGUCGGCCCUGGUGCCCACCGUGUUCAACGGCAGCGCCACCCUGCUGUCGCGACUCAACCUGCUGUCCCUGGUCUGCCUGGAGGAGGCCGAGGACGCGGAGGGGGAAGAGAGCCGGGGGCUGGCCUACCUCCACGAGCACCUCACCUCGCUGCUGCGCAUCGUGGAGAACGGGGGAGGCAGGGAGCUCGUCGUCACUUUCUUCAGAGCGACCUUCCUUUUCCUCUUCUACUUCUGCCACGUGGAGCGCUACUCCACGAGCCUGACGGAGCAGCUGUGCGAGCUUUACCUCCGCCACACCCACCUGGCGCCACACCUGAUCAACCUGGCCGACCAGACCCAGGACAAGCUGCCCGAGUCCAACUGGGCUGUGGAGCUGCUGAAAGCCUUACAGAGGGUCAUCACCAAGGCGCCGCUCGGACAACUCACCUUACAAGACCUCAGCUGGCACCUCAAGAUGCUGGCCCGAGUGGCAGAGGAAGGAGAUAUCCGCCAGGGUGGCACCCUCAGCUUCCUCUCCGGCAUCAUCCUGUCGCCUCCCUCCUCGGUGUGCGUGAGCGGCAACUGGCGCCUGGGGAACGGCCUGCUCGGGGUCUGCCGCCGCCUGCUCGUUCACCCCGGCCUGGACUCGCUGCUCAUCCCCCUGGCGGACGUCCUGCAGCACCUCGCCUGCCGCUACGGGGACACGGACAUCCAGGACCACGCCCGCCUGUACUACACCCUGCUCACCACGCUGUCCCGGGAGAAGCUGGCCGGGGUGCUGGCGAAGGGGGCGGCGGAGGGAGAGAGGCAGAUCAAGAAGCGAUCCCUCUCCUGCGUGCUGGCUGAGGGCGAGGGGCUGACGACCAUGCUGACCGUUCACCAGACGGAGGAAGGGAUAUUCAGGCUGACCGAGGCCCGGCGGGAAACGAAAGAAGGGGUCUCGAACGGGAAGGAGGGAGGGAACUGUCCAGAGGAGGCGAACGCGGCGCUGGAGGCCUACAGAGCUCAGUUCAGCGACCCCGGCUUCGCCUCGGAAAUCACCUUGAAGUACGAGCUGUCUCACGCCCAGGCUCACGACUCCCGCUUCGACCAGCUCUUCAGCAUCCGCAUCCACUUCAUUCUCACGGACGAUCACUACGAAGAGCUGGAGGACAUCAGCGUCCCGUGUCUCUUCAGAGAGAGGCCGGCGCCCGUAGUGCGGCUGAGGCUGAAGCCCAUACGGCCGCACCCCACCACCCUCCGCGCCAGCGCCAUCUUCACCACGCAGGACGGGCUCUCCUGGCACACCGCCCUCCCGGACAUCCGGGUGGCCUUCCAGCAGACCUUCACGCCUCCGCCCGUACCCCGGACGUGGGGGCGGAGCAGCAGGCUGUGCGUGUUCGACGGGCUGUGGGGUGAAAUCUGCUCCGAGAGCGGGGACAGUGUCACCAGUCUGUUCUGCUGCCAGCUGAAGGAGGCGGCCGUGAGGAAACUGGUGGAGGAGCACUUCCUCCCUUACCUCGCGUCAGACCCCGCUCAGAAAGAAGAGUCCAAGGUGCUGGUCUUCCUCCCGCCACGGUCCCACGUGCUGAUGAAGAUCAGGUCUGAGGAGGACGCCGUGCACUUCGACGUAGCCACAGACAACUGGCAGCUUCUGCCUCACAUUAAUUCUUAUCUGCUGAGAGUCACGUCGUCACAGGAGGACGCUCUCGACUGAUCAAGAUACUUUUUUAAAAAAUAAAUGAAUAAAUAAAUGCUGAUUUUUAACAUCUAAUUUUUGUUGAUUUAAAAUGAAGCUUCUGCACUUUAAAUGACUUCAAGUAUUAUUAAAUUAAAAUAAUUAAAGAAAUGUGUGAAAUUUAAUAUUUUGUCACUUAAUAACUGAUUUCAACUGCCAGCAAAGAUUUUUUUUCUACAUUCAUAAUUACAAGACAAAGUAUGAUUCAUUUAUUUGAGUUGGAUCUCACUUGACAGACGAACAAAACAUUUACAUACAAAAUUAAAGUUUUGUAGACGUAU